CUUGAGUGAAUUAAUAUUUGUCUACCUUUGGAGGUACGAAAGCUUACAAAUAUGUCUUUUGAUCUUGCAGAUAAAUAUUUCGUAAUCAAAUAUAGAAUCUGGUAGUAGAGUACUCUGUACUAUUAUUUUUCGAAAUAUAAUUGGUCGAAAUGGUAACGUUAUAUUAUACUUACGGGUUUGUAUGAGUUAUACCGAUUGUUUGAAACCUAGUAAACCCAUUUUAGUUAAGUAUAAAAUCUGAAUUAGAUUCGUGGCCAUCCCCCAUCACAGACAAUGAUCAACUUUAUAGGUUUAAUUACCAGGAAAACUAAUUUUUUGCUACUUUUUUUUAAUUCCAUGGAUCUGUAUCAGUAUUAUUAGAGUUCAAUAGACAGCACUUAGACUGUAGUUUUAUAUUUGUUGCGCUAUAUCUAAUAUCUUUUAUUCACCUAGCAACACACCAUAACUAAAGUAUUAGUCAACAUUUCAUUAUUACUUUCAUAAUUCAGAAAUUAAUUUAAAUUUAAAUCAUCAUCUACAACCGUUCCUUGUCUCAAAGUCGUGAUUGAGUCGAAUAUCGAGUCUGCAAUUUACAUUCGCUCUUUCAUUAGGCCUAAAUGGUUGACGUUGUACAUUAACAGUGAUCGAACAAAAUAUGUCAAAACAAGAAGAAUUUACGGUUCCAUUGUCACUGUACAAUAAAGCUGUGGAGAGGGCAGUAAAGGCUGAAACAAAAAUGGAGUCAAGUAAUGCAUUAAAAUGGUUUGUAACAGCCCGUUCUGCUAUAGAAGAUUUCGAAGUGACACAUGUUCCUAAAAUAAGAAUUCAAGUAUCAAAGGAUAUAAACGAUUUAUUUGAAAGGAGACGAUUAAGAAGAGAGUUGAGAUGGCAACGUAUCUUAGAAAACGGUGAAGGUUAUCCUGUUAAAAAGUUAUUAGACCGACUUGAAGAGAACAAAAUGUCAAAAGAUGAAUUUUGUUUAAGAAUUUCCCAUGCCUACGGGCAGCUAUCAAAAAUGAUACAUAACGCAGUGUUAACACCAGGCUCUGGACAAAUUAGCUUCAGUUUUCUAACAUCGGAUGAAGAUGUCAAUAAAGCUAUAAAAAUUUUCAUGCAGGGGUUUGAAAUAAAAGAUCAGAUUAUUGAAAUAAUCAAAUGAAAACUUGUAAAUCCAUAUUUAUGUUCUUAUUCAGUUGAUGAUUUUUUACUGACAUUGAAAGUUGUAAUAUGAUCAGAUAACCAAUGGCAUUUUUUAAUAUUCUUUUUUCAAGAGCUGAAAAUAAAAUCAUGUAUGAGUUACACGUUAGCUCAGUCACUGGCAACCCGUGGCCCCCAGAAAAUGUUUCUACGGCCCUCCAAAUAUAUAUCAUGGUUUUUCAAAUACAUAUCAAUAUAUCAUUUAAAGUUAGUUGAGGACAACCGUCAACCGAUUAAUGAAACUAAUAAUAGUAUUAUGAUGUUGCUAUCCAUAAACAUUAAAUAUA